UUUGAAACGAAGCAUGGGUUUGUUGAUACUGGCAGGUGCUUCUUCCAAGAUGUGAAAAAACAACAAUUUGUGCCAACAGACAACAAUGAUGGAAGGCUAUUCCACGGACAGGGGUGUCCAAGCUUCUGGACCAUACAGAGCCACAAAACUGUGGAAUGAUGUCAUUCUGGCCUUUCGUCGCGGAAUGCCAGUGGCCCGUCACAGAAGAUACAUGAAGACUUACGAAUCCUGCUUUUCAGCUAAUGAAUCCAUUGAUUGGCUCCACCAAUACCUACGGGCCAAUCCUAACUUUGGUUCCGAUGUCACAAGAUUUCAAACUCUGCAAUUAUUCCGAAAACUACACAGAGCCCGUGUAAUUGAAGAUGUCAGAGGUGGAAAACACAACAAACAUGACCCUACAGACAAUGGCCGACUCUUCAGAUUUACACUUAUGUCUCCUGUGAAGAACCGUGUACCUUUCACAGACAGGAAGGACUUAAUAAAUACUGACGGCAAUCAGGUAACAAAUCCAGUCAAGCCAGGGGAUAGUCAUGGAACCUACCCUCCCUGCUAUGUUCCUGCACAGCCCAAAGAUCAGAGGCAGUCAUGUCACAUACAGCCACCGCCACCUCCCUGUCGGAACCAAGCGGAACUAAAUCCAGCCUCACAGCCUCCUCAGUCGGUACCUUAUUGCCAGCUGGUGGCUAAACAACUCUCAGCAGCAGACAUACAUGAUACUUGGAAACACAUGACAUUAGACAGACUACAGUCUGUUCUAAACCUGGACAAUUUAUCGGAGAUAUUGGACAGUAGUUUUGUUUUGGGGAUGAACAUUAUGCACAACUGUACCUACCUCAAUAAAAGUGGAAUAGUGACCAACAUUGACCCGAAAGAUCAGUUACCACACUGGGCCAUGUCUGCUAUGAGGUGUCUGGCUCGCUGGCCAGAGAGAACAGACGACAAUCUGCCGACGUAUCAAGGGUUUGAGCGCGAUGUGUAUCGUGUAGUGAAGGACUAUUUCUGUGGGAUGUCCGAACCCCUGAUGACAUACGAGAUGUAUGAAGUAGUCACCAACGUGUUUGUUACAGCAGAGGGAACAUGCCAUGAACAGUGCUCAGAGGAGGAAUACAACACUAACCCAGAAUGUCUCACAUCGUUUGAGUCUGUAGAAAAUCUUAUGCUGGAUUUAACUAAUGUAGGAGAGAGUGGGAAAUGCUAUAACAGGUCCACGCCCGAGUCUCAUGCCCAUAUGUCCCGUUUGAUCAGUCGGUCAACACUGGACCUGUCUCCAAUACAGCCCAUGCAGGACAGCUUUCAGAUUGGUCGUCUUCGACGCUGUGAGUCCACCGCAAACAUUCCCGUGGCUAAGUACGAGACAGCCUUUGGACCUGAGAACAGAACUAUAACGCGUGUGUACUACAAGGAUGGGGUAUCUACAGACUUUGGUUACAGUAACGGCCCCGAUGACCUGUCCAAGACUCCCCUAGAAACUCACUUUGAAAUGUCAGACAGCUACAACAAUCUACUUCCAAUGUCGGAAAAGUGCCAAUCUUCCUACACGGUUCACUAUGCCAAAGUCAAGUCUACCAGACCUCGACGGAAAUCAAGCGGCGAACUCGUAUCUAAAAGCAGAGACUAUAGCAGGCGGAAAAGUUGUUCAUAUUAUAUAGGGAGCCCUGUAAGUGAUGAUUCAGGAAGGAGUCAGUCGCUGAGCACAGGAAACAUAUCUGCUAAUGAGCUGAGUAACAAUUGUGAUAGAUCUGAGUCUAAAGUAAGGAAGGGUAAUGUGCCAACACGGUCCCCGCCUCACUAUAGUUCACUGUUCCCUAACGGGCAUCAACCAGUGCUAGACGGUGCUACAAAACUGCUUCGUAAGUGCCAUCGUUCAAAGUCAAACAUGUCUUUGCAUCGGAUUAAGUCAUCAUCAUCUAUAAACUCUUCCAAUUAUGACUCGGAUCAUAUGCGGUCAGAGGCAGCUUACCCGGAGCAGUUCCACCCGCGUCGAGCCCAGAGUAAAGAAUCACUGGUUGGUCGCAGCCUCAGUUUGUCUGACCUCAUGCAUGCUGACAUGGACAAAGGACAGAAACGUAUGAAAAGGACACGGAGCUCUACAGGUUCCUUAAGUAUGGAGAUGAACGAAAGGAAGAAGCUUGCCCUACAAACGGUGUGUCUACUACUGCCUCCAGCCAACAGGCGUAAACUACAGCUUCUCAUUAAACUCAUGUCCAAGAUGGUGGAAAACCCUAAACUCCAACUAGACGACAAUAAAUCCACACGGUCACUGUUGAUGGAGACAUUUUACCGUUCCGUGCUGUGUAGUCAGGACGAGGCUGACAUGGAAGACCUCCUCGUGGUCAAGAUUAUCUCCUUCCUGGUCGACAACUGUGCAGAAAUCAUGGCUGUGCCAGUCGAUCUGAAGGACGCUGUGGAGCAGAGGCUGACAAUAGACUCCAAACAUAAGUUCCAGAAAACCUAUCCGGAGAUCUAUGGUCACAGAUUUCCCAACGAAGAGAGUGAGUUGGAUGUCUUCCCGCAGAAGCCGAAGAUCAAGCAGCCCUUAUUGAUUGCUGGUGCUCAUAUGGGUAUUUAUGAAGGUUAUUAUAAACAGGCAGAUCCCAAUGGAACGGGAAGCAUUGGCGCUUUGGACGCAGCAUCCUUUCUGAAAAAGUCGGGCCUCAAAGAUACAGUCCUAUCACAGAUAUGGGAUUUAUCAGACCCAACAGGAAAGGGUUAUUUGGAGAAGGUUGGUUUCUUUUCGGCUAUCAAGUUUGUAUCAAUGGCCCAAAACAACUCAGAACUAAAUGUUUCCAAUCUCGUUGCCGACAUCACUGCUCCAAAUCUGGGGCCAGUGGAAGAGGUGGUUUCCGAGUCUCCAUCCCACAGUGCUGCUGGAACAGGGCAGUGGGCUCUCAGUGCGAGUGAGAAGACCAAGUAUGACCAGGUGUUUGACAGCUUACAGCCAGUCAAUAACUUAUUGUCUGGUGAGAAAGUUAGACCUGUGCUGAUGAAUUCCAAGCUCCCGGUUGACAUUCUGGGCCGUAUAUGGGACAUGAGCGACAUAGACAAAGAUGGCUACCUGGAUCGUGAGGAAUUUGCUGUGGCCAUGCAUCUUGUGUACCGGUGUCUAGAAAAGGAACCGCUACCUGCCACAUUACCUCUCAUGGUAAUACCACCCUCUAAGAGGAAGGCAGGCGUGGUUCCAGUAGGCGUGGUCCCAGCAGGCGUACCGGGUGGUGUCCCGGGUGGUGUACCGGGCGGUAUCCCAGGGGGGGUCCCAGGCUUUGUUCCGGGGGCUAUCCCUUCCGGUAUAGCGAUGGGCGGUGUACCUGUCCUCACCCCAAAUGUCACCGGACGAUCCACACCACCCCAGCGGUCAGACUCGCCCAGUUUGAAUGUUCCGUGGGUUGUCACUGCGGCAGAGAGGACCAAUUUUGAUUUAAUGUUUAAGAAAGCAGAUUUAGACAUGGACGGAUUGGUGUCUGGUCUAGAGAUUCGCGAAGUCUUCCUCCAAAGUGGUGUUCAAAACAACAUAUUGGCUCACAUCUGGGGCUUGUGCGACACCAAAGGAUCUGGCAAGCUUAACCCAGAACAGUUUGCACUGGCCAUGUACCUAAUACAGAAGAAGUUGAAGGGAAUCGAUCCCCCUGCUCAACUCAGUCCUGACAUGGUCCCUCCUUCCAUGAGGCCCAAGCAGGGUGCUGAUCCUACAGCUUUUGGAGUUACGGACGGCACAAAUGCUGGACCCUAUGGGCAUGUUGCAGAUUUCUCUGCCAUCAAAGAAUUAGGCAUCAUCAGCAAAGAUAUUGAAGAUAUGAAAAGGGAAAAGCUGCAGAUAGAAAGGGACAAUGCUCAGAAGGAAGCUGACAUUAAGAUUUGUAACGGAGAGGUACAGAUGUUACAGAAAGAGUUGGAUGCUAUUACCGCCACGCUACAGCAACUGGAAAGUCAGAAAAAGGAGGCUCAGAAACGACUGGAUGAGCUGGAUGACAAGAAGUCAAAUUUAGAAAGCAAUAUGAAAGAGAUGAAGGAAAAGUUGGAAGAGGAACAAAAACAGGUGAAUAGUCUAAAAUCUCAAAUAACAACACAAGAAAAUUCUGCAAUGAAUCAAGAAGAAGAUCUUUCCAAGCUACGUGUAGAUCUAAACAGUCUUCGAGCUGAAGAAACAAGGCUGGAGCAACAAGUAGAUGCCGGUAAACUACAAUUGGAUUUACUGGUCAAGUCUAAAAAAGACAUUUCUCUCCAAGUCAAUCAGACUCGAACAAGAGUUCAGCAUCAAGAGGACCAGAAGAGAGGUAUGAAGCAGAGCUUAGGAAACUAUAGCUCACAAAUUAAUGGUGACCUGACAUCAACAUUGUCGGGGAUACAAAUGGAUGACCAAAUGAGUUCCCGGGCGACGGUCGGUAGUCCUGCGAGUUCACUUGGUAGUUUUAGUACUGGGUCAGCAGUGGACGACUUCAAGGAUGAUCCGUUUAAAUCCAAAGACCCGUUUGGUGGAAGCGGUGGGAGCGUCAAUGUUCAAGCAGAUCCCUUCCAGUCUGAGGACCCAUUUAAAGGCAGUGAUCCAUUUAAGUCAGAUGGUUUUAGUUCUGAUCCAUUUGCAUCAGAAGAUCCUUUUAAGAAUGCAUUUAGUGGAACCACAGCCCCAACAUCUAGUGCCAAAGAUGACCCCUUCUCCAGCAUGGACCCGUUUGGUUCGGCCUUUUCUUCAACUUCUAGUCCUUCCAGUAAAUUUUCUACAGACUUAGAUCCUUUUGGGGGUGGUGGAGGAAGUUCUACGGCCAAACCUUCAACUUCUAAAGUAGGAAAUCUGUUUGGUAGCGAUCCGUUUGCUCCAAAGCCAACAGGGAGUUCACCCUCCCCAUCCCCAGCCCUUCCUCCCAAACAGAAAAAACAACCACCCCCUAGACCAGCCCCACCCAAGGGGCGUUCACCUUGUCCCAGCCCCAGUAAGCCCACAGCCAACAGUUUAGGAGUGUUCGGUAGCGACCCCUUUGCAGGAUCUGAUCCUUUUGCAAGUUCUGGAACGAACUCGGGGGACGAUCCCUUUGCCAACUUCGCUGAUUUUAGUCCCAGUAAGUUUGAGGAUGACAAGGCAGCGUGGGGUUCAAGUUAAUUCUGACAUGUGUGAGCUUACUGUACUAGCACAAUGCCUGCCAACAGGACGAUCUCUCGUGUGUUCAAAAAACAUGUGAUAAUAUCUAACCAGUGUAGGCAACACAACCGUGUUACUGUACUGGAUCACAGUAGACGAGGAAACAGGAAGAUGGAGAAUACAGAAGGAAGUUGCAGUUUGAUUAAACUAAGUGUUAUUUUGCAUGUUUAGAUUCAUAGAUGAUUGGACAAUCUCAAGUGUAGGAGGAAGAAAACGUUUGUUAGAUCAUCAAGAUAAAUAACUUAUCCAUUAAUUACGCAUUUCUUUAUAAAAGGGAAAUAAGUUUGCUAACAUGCUUCAUGGCUAAUCAUAAACGGUUAACUACAAGGUAGAGAAGUGAAACAAGUGUUCAUCAAACGUUCAAGAUACUUGGAUACUUACUGGUACGCUCACCAACUUCAUGCAUAACAUUAAACUUUUCCUGUGUAUUCUGUAUACGGUUCAAUCCCAAAUCUUCGUACAAUGAUAUGUGUAUGUUUAAAGUGACUUCCAAUGUAUGAAGAAUUUUAGUUUGUUACAUACAAGUUGCAUGUCCUUGUAGUAGGAAGUGAUAAAAACAGAUAAAGGAUGAGGGGUAUAUAUUUCAAAAUGGUGAAAGCAGUAUUGUUGGUCACAGAUAUCUCCACCGUUCCAUAAUAUAUGGUGUAGGAGUCAUUAUAUCUUUGGAAAAGAUAGAAUCAUAGAAAAAUAUCAAAUUUGCCAUGAUUAUAUAAUUAUUCAAAUUCCGAGUUUUGAAGCGUGGUUGACAGUCAUUAUUAAAAAAAAAAUUGCAUAACACCAUAUAUAUGUGUACUUAACUUUUCAUUCCAAAUUUUUAAUAUACAUUUAUAAUGCAAGUAACGAUCAAUGUGGUAAUUUCAAAACAUACAUGGUUUUGUAGGACCAAUUCAUGAAAACUUGAAACUUGACUAUUGUAAGGAGAUUUUAUUGAUAACACGGCAUAUUCGCUUCAGGAAACACUAAAUCAGCGCAAACUAGAUUCUUUUGAUUUGAUGAAAACUAUGUUGUCCGUUAUUUCAAAAAGGUUGUUCCCACAAUUUGAUAUUCUGCUUAAACCGUGCAAUUUACCGGUACAGGAGUCAAGUAGCAGGUUCUUACUUUUCAACCCUAAUAUGCUGAGUUUGUAGUGUAAUAACUUUUCCUUUCCUAACGUACAAGUCUGUGCCCAGCGUAUGAGUUGAAUGUGUAGACAAUGUCUAAACUAUUAGUCUUCCUCAUUACUCCUCCUGUAUGUAACUGGUGAUAGAUGUGUGACUUGUUGUACUGUCCUAUGUACAGGCGACGUUUCAUUGGAUCGCUGAUGCUAUCUGUAUAUAUAGCAGUUUCAGACCGCAUCUUGCAAAGUCAACGUUAAAUUAUGGAUCCACUUUCAAUGUUGAUUUACAAAGUGCAAAAGUGAAAUGACGCAAUAAGUAUAACAUUGAAAACAAAACACGAAUUAUAUAAAAUAAUAAUUGAUGUGGAUAUUUUAAGUUUAUUUUUACUACAGUUGUUAAACCUCUCUGAUAUAUAUAUGUAUUGUAAACUGAUUGACAAUUUUAGUGUUUCUAAUUUAUUAAUAUUCAAUGUCAAAUUAAAUUAAAUGAUAAGAAUUAUCAGUUAGAACAUUCUAGGUAAGUACUAGUACAUGUAAUGUUGAACUAAUGAAUAAGUUGAGUUUGAUGGCUAUUCCAGUAGACUCGAGUCUGACAGCUCAUUGAUUGCAUUGUGUUUGAACCCUGUCAGGACCUUUUUGUGGACACCAGCUGGGCAACAGACUCACAAAGCUGGCUGUCAGAUAAAAAAGGGAAUCCACCGUCACACAGUGCCUCCAAAACCGGAGAUUCUCAAAACUGGGUGCUGGAGCUCCCUAGCUGGUCAGUGGACAGUGACUCGUCCCAACAGACCUCCCCCCGACUCAAGGCCGUGCUACAAACCUCAAAGACGGUCCUUCCUCUCAGCAAGGGGCGCCGGACUUCUUCCUCUUCAAGUGCAAAGGUUUCCCCUAGGACACGUCUCACCGAGUCUGUGGAUGAAUCUGAUGCUUGAUAGUUGUCUGUAAAAUAAAUAAAUUGGUCAGGGUUAUGGCAGUCUAUAUCGAAUCAAUGAACAGACAUUCUUUAUUUGUAUAUCAUUAUAAUGAAUGAAAGGACUGCUCAUUGGUCUGUUGGUUUCUGGAGAGUGAACUUAUUUGUUAGCAAAUAUUUUUGCAGUCGGUUUUUAUUCCGUACUGUCAGUCUAUAGUGUAUGUCUGUAGAGCAAUUAUACUUGUCAGUGUUCUGGUCAACACACUGUCUUGGUCCUUGUUUAAUCUUUGAGGUAAAAUGGUUCAGAUAGGUAUAUAAUUUUGUUAAUAUCUCUAAAGUCAAACAGAUUUGUAGACCUCUCCUUACAUAAUGUCUGACACUUAUUUAUCAGCUGCCGGUAACUGAAUUUUGAUGACAUCGGGUGUUCAAAUAUUCUGCGUGAUUCUGUGUUAAAUAUAAUUGUGUUCCGAUUACUGCAUAAAAUGUUCAUAUCUAUCAGGAAACGUUUCAUCAUUUUGUAGUUUUAUCAUUAUUUAUACGUCUGACGUAAGACACCCCUAAGUUUCUAGUCAUAGUCUGAAUGAGAUAUUUCUAGACAGAACCUUAUACUGUAUGUUAACGCAGGAUCGUGGUAGGUCAGGUGCUUGUGUACACAUCUUAUUACGAUCACGUGAUUUCAUUGAUGUCAGACUCGCCACUCUUUCGUAAUUAGUGCUCUCGUUACUCUGUCAUUAGCAGCAAUUGUUGCUAAUCGGCUACAAUGAGGCGGUUUAUAUCUGUUUGUACAUGUAAUAGGUAUAAAGCAUUCAUCAUGAAGGGUAAAUUCGAGUCCGAUUCCUAGGACUCCCGACCUCUACUAAAUAUUAGAUUUGGUUAUUAAUUUUAAGUAUAACACAAUUUCUGACUCGGCAUUUUUUAAGCUGUCCUUUACUAGUAUUGUUUCAUCAAUAGUUGAUUACGGAGCCAGUCGUUGGUUAUAGGACUGCAUUCACCGUGAGCAACGGUCAACAGUCGCAGUAACAAAACCAUCCAGUCACAAAUCAAAGAAUUCCAGAUAAAGCAUUGCCACUCAGGUCGUGUAACCGCUCCACUGAAUACACGGUAUUCAAUUAUUGCGAUGCAUGUAUUUAUUUAAAGCAUAAAUGGCGACGUAUACUUGUAUUUUACUGGUGUUUUUCGCUGGCAAUGUAAUUAUUUGUCACUUGGCAGUUUGUAUAAGUGACUUUAUAAUGAUUGUCUUUUAAACUUAGUCAAAAGUCAUUCUUACCAUUCUUGCUCAUAUUAAAGUUCAUUACUUUGAUGACAGAUUUAUGGAUGGGGUGGAAAGGAAAGGAACGUACAGUACUGAGUAGUGUUGGCCAAGUUUUGCUGCUUACUUAAUUAUUGUCAAACAAGCACAUGAAACUUAAUUGGCAGUUUCUACCAGAAUAUUUUCAAUGUGUGCAUAAAAAAUAAAGAAAAUUAUUGAGAUUUAAUGAAUUUUUACAAUGUAUGUAUAUAUAUUGUGUACGUUUUGUAUGGAAUCGCGGUGUUAGAAUUGGAAGUGUCUUUGUAAUGAUACACAAACAGUGCUGUAUAUUUGUUUUUUUUACUGUACACACAAUAUGUAUAUGUUGUAGAUAUAACCUGUGAUAAGUUACCAUUAGUUAUACACUGUUAUUAUUAUUAUUAUAUUGUAGCAUAAAUUGGCUGUAUGUAUAUAUACCUAGCACUCUCUUACAAGGUUUGGCGUGCAAUGAUUGAAUGGAUGCUGUACAUUUUGUAUUGAUGAAGUAUUUUAGCUUCUGUAUUGCGUCUGUGAUUGUGUGCUCUGGAGCACUUCAUGUCAUAGAAAUUUUCUGAAAACAACACAAACCCAUGGUUAUAGGGUUGUCAGACAAAUAUUGCCAAAUAUCGUAGAAUCUAAAUGCAAUGAAAUACCAUACCAUAUCAUUGUGGGCUCAUUGAUUGAGUAAUGUCUGUUGAUUUAAGUUUUUUCUCUCCAGAUAGUGAUAUAAAUAAGUGUGGAAAUUAAGGAGUACAUUUUCUUAAAGAAUGUGUAUCUAACAACCUGUGUAUCACCUUGUUCAGACUCGUUCAGUCUUCAUCAACUCGUUAACCUCUGAAAACACAUUCAAAAUCUUCCAAUUUGGAAUAGUUCAUUAUGACAUUUCAGUGGUGAAUGAGUUGAAUUUGCCAUGUUCUACUUUUAAAGCAAAUAUUGAGCUUUACCUGGGCUGUCACUCGAUUCCUUGUAUUUAGAUUCUUUUUCUUCUUUAUUUAAAAAACUGAGUAAUGUUUUAUCCAAUAUCAAAACAUUAUGCGAUUGUUUUUCUAUGAAAUGAAAGAUUUUAUUACUACUCGUUAGUAUCAAUAAUGCUUUCAGUGAUGAAAUUAGCAAAACCAGUAUAUUGUAUUGUCAAAGUUAUUAAUCUUAAUUCCAUUUUUGAAACUUUUAUCACUUUGUCAUGCUAGCAAUUAGGGUUCUUAAUGAGACCACAAAAUGUUUCAUUACUCCUUCUGGUAUAAUCUUCCCACACAAAAAUUCUGUGAAAUGUCUGUUGUUUUGAAUCAAAGAUGGAUAAUGAAUUGUAUUUACCCGUUCUGCAUACAGCUGACGAACUUUUCUUCUGCAACUGAAUAUAAGGAUGAUUUGACACGGGAAAAAAAUCAAAUUUGUAAAAUACGUAAAAAAAACCCAGGCAAAUUUGAUCAAAAGAAUAAUUUUUUAGAAUGUAAUAGUGCUUCUUCAAAUUGUGUAUCAAUAAAUGAAUUUGAGGAAUACAGAUGGUAUAAUUUAUGUCAGUUUGUAACAUGUACAUGAGAUUGGUUUAAUUAUUAGCGAUACCCACAUACACCAAAUAUGUUCCGACAAAAUUCCCAAAUUAUUAAUACUUAAAUUAAUAUGUGUGUGUGUAAAGUCAGUGACGUCAUUUCAUUAUAUAGUCAUCAUCAGCUCUCAUUCAUUAAAUGGUUACGAAGUGCA